CCCGCCCGCGCCUGCCUCUCGGAGCCCGGCCCGAAGGCCUCUCCCGCUGUUCCCAUGGAGACGGCGCCAUCGCGGCUCGCUCGCCCGCCGUCCCGCGGCGCGAUGGCCGGGGCGCCGCCGCCCUCCGAGGCCGGCCUGCAGACGCGGCUCGUGGAGAACCAGCCUUACGACGAGAGCCUGGAGGUGGCCGAGACGGAGGACGUGGCCAGCAUCUACGCGCCCAGCCCGCCGCAGCCAGGGCCAAGGGCUCCGCGCACCCAGCACAAGACCCUGGCCGGGAACAGCAGCGAGGAGGACGAGGAGGAGAUCCUCAAGGAGAAGAAGGUGGCCCAGCUGGCCUCACAGCGGCGCUUCAGUGGCAACGAGGUGGAGGACGAGGACGACGACUCUUCUGACACCGACUCGGACGACGACGACGACGAGGAGCACGGAGCCCCCCUUGAGGGGGCUUACAACUCCGCAGACUACGACUACCUUCCCGUUUCCCUGGAGAUCAAGGAGCUUUUCCAGUACAUCCGGAGGUAUUCCUCACAAAUGAUCGACCUGGAGCACAAGCUGAAGCCUUUCUUCCCAGACUUCAUCCCGGCUGUGGGAGACAUUGAUGCUUUCCUGAAGGUCCCGCGCCCUGAUGGGAAGCCGGACAAUCUUGGCUUGCUGGUCCUCGACGAGCCUUCGACCAAGCAGUCCGACCCCACAGUGCUCUCCCUCUGGCUCACUGAAAACACCAAGCAACACAACGUGGCUCAGCAAGUUAAAGUGAAGAGCCUGGAGAACGCCGAGAAGCAUCCCAAAGCCAUCGACAGCUGGAUCGAGAGCAUCAGUGAACUCCAUCGCUGCAAGCCCCCCGCCACCGUCCACUAUGCCAGGCCCAUGCCGGAGAUAGACAACCUGAUGCAGGAGUGGUCCCCGGAGUUUGAAGAGCUGCUGGGAAAGGUGAGCCUCCCCACUGCAGACAUCAACUGUAGCCUGGCGGAAUAUGCAGACAUGAUUUGUGCCAUUCUGGACAUUCCUGUCUACAAGGGCCGUAUCCAGUCUCUGCACACCCUGUUCUCACUUUAUUCUGAAUUCAAAAAUUCACUGCACUUCAUAGCCCUGGCGGAGGGCAAGAAGGCCGGCAGUGUGCCCUUCCACCCCCCGUCACAGGCUGGAGAGACAGAGAUCCUGAGCUUUACCUGAGCCAGCUGCCUGCCUGGGAGACUAGCAAGGACUCGGGAGGCCACCCUGCAGCCAUGGCCCCGAGCAGGAAAGGGUCCCGUGGAGCCCAGCAGGCCCCGGGCCAGGCACGGACCUAGAGCUUGUUGCUGGACUGAAGCCCCGGAGCUGUUCAGCAUCUCACUGGCCUUGUGCAUCAUCUGUCAGAGAUUUGCCUCAGUAAAGUUCCAAGUCAAGUCCC